CUCUCUCCCAGCUCGCCUUGCCUUGCAGAUCAGUCUCUCCUCGGCUCGGUCUCUCUGCAUAGGCAAUCACAGCUCCUACUCGCAGACCCAACUCUCCCUCUCGCAUUGAUUGCAAUGAAUUUUCUGCCUGAAUGUAGGUCGCUGACAAACGAGAACACGAGUUUCCUUCAAAUCCAGUGUUGCUGUCUUUCUUGCCGUUAUUUUUAAUUUCUCUCCCCACCCCCCCACCCCCCCCCCCCGCUCCUUUGUGGUCGUUGCAUUCCUUUGGAGAAGCGAAUCGCGUUGGAUUCCAAAAAGGAGAGCAGGAACCGUGUGUGAAUAACCCCGGCUGCGUGAUAGCCCGAGUGGAUUUCCUGAAAGAAUCCGGCUGUGUAAAAAAGAGCCCUAUGCUUCUGCAGCUAUUCCAGUGUUAAGGAAAAACUUCAGCUGUAACUAAAAUGAUAUCAUGCUGCCUCCUAUGGGGGAAUUCUGAAGCCUUCUCAAAAAUCCGACAUCGUGGCUGACUGAGUGGUCUGAACUUCACUGGAAGGAACCAUUUCACUGGGGAAGUGGAAUAACUGUGGUAUCUCCCUGUGCUACUUGCUGUAAAGUGCCAUGCAUUGCCAGGAUUAAGCCAAUGCUGAAGUCUGGAAUGGGCCUUAUGGGCAAACACUCCCUUGUUUCUUCUGACAUCAGGAUUUGUCUAUGACCAGUCAGCUGAGGCACCUACCACACAUCAGGUUUUGUUUUUUUGCUUCCUUAAAAAGGUUACGACUUCCAUCACUUCAUCUCCUUUGACUACAUUUUAUUGUAUUAGUUUUCAUUUUCCUUGACUGAUUAAUUUUCUCCUGGCUGUGGAAAAAGGAGCCCUGCUGAUGUUGAUUUAAAUAAUGUCGAAACCAAUGGGACUCCUAUGGCUGCCUUUGAUCUUCACUCCAGUGUGUGUCAUGUUGAAUUCUAACUUCCUCCUGUGGAUAACUGCACUGGCUAUAAGAUUUACUCUCAUCGAUGGCCAAGCACAAUAUCCAGUGGUUACCACAAAUUACGGCAAAAUACGUGGUUUAAGAACACCUUUGCCCAAUGAGAUCCUUGGUCCAGUGGAGCAGUACCUGGGUGUUCCUUAUGCCUCUCCUCCAACUGGGGAAAGGCGAUUUCAGCCCCCAGAGCCACCAUCAUCUUGGACAGGUGUCCGCAACGCCACACAGUUUGCUGCUGUCUGCCCUCAGUACCUGGAUGAGAGGUCACUGCUCAACGACAUGUUGCCGGUCUGGUUUACAGCCAAUCUGGAUACUGUGGUGACAUAUGUUCAAGAUCAAAAUGAAGACUGCCUGUAUUUGAACAUCUAUGUGCCCACAGAGGAUGGAGCCAACACAAAGAAAAGCGCAGAUGAUAUAACCAGUAAUGAUCGUGGUGAAGAUGAAGACAUUCAUGAUCAGAACAGCAAGAAACCAGUUAUGGUCUACAUCCACGGUGGAUCUUACAUGGAGGGUACUGGCAAUAUGAUUGAUGGCAGCAUUCUUGCAAGUUAUGGAAAUGUCAUUGUCAUCACUCUCAAUUACAGGCUGGGGGUUUUAGGCUUUUUAAGCACUGGGGACCAAGCUGCAAAAGGCAAUUAUGGAUUGCUUGACCAAAUCCAAGCUUUACGUUGGAUUGAAGAAAAUAUUGGAUCUUUUGGAGGAGACCCAAAAAGAGUUACUAUUUUUGGAUCUGGGGCAGGAGCUUCCUGUGUCAGUCUCCUGACACUCUCUCACUAUUCAGAAGGUUUGUUCCAAAAGGCAAUCAUACAGAGUGGAACAGCCCUGUCCAGCUGGGCAGUGAACUACCAGCCUGCCAAGUACACUCGGAUAUUGGCAGAUAAAGUGGGCUGCGACAUGCUGGAUACCACUGAUUUGGUUGAAUGUCUUCGGAAUAAGAAUUACAAAGAACUCAUUCAACAGACCAUCACUCCAGCCACGUACCACAUUGCCUUUGGGCCUGUGAUAGAUGGAGAUGUGAUUCCAGAUGACCCUCAGAUUCUUAUGGAGCAAGGGGAAUUCCUUAACUAUGAUAUAAUGCUGGGCGUGAAUCAAGGGGAAGGUUUAAAAUUUGUGGAUGGCAUUGUAGACAAUGAAGAUGGUGUUUCCCCCAAUGAUUUUGACUUUUCCGUCUCCAAUUUUGUGGACAAUCUAUAUGGUUAUCCAGAAGGGAAAGAUACACUGCGAGAGACCAUUAAAUUCAUGUACACCGACUGGGCAGACAAAGAAAACCCUGAAACCCGACGGAAGACCCUGGUUGCUCUUUUUACAGACCACCAGUGGGUUGCUCCUGCUGUUGCUACUGCUGACCUGCAUGCUCAGUAUGGAUCUCCAACAUAUUUCUAUGCGUUUUAUCACCAUUGCCAAAGUGAAAUGAAACCUAGCUGGGCUGAUUCGGCUCAUGGUGAUGAAGUCCCCUAUGUGUUUGGGAUUCCUAUGAUCGGCCCCACAGAACUGUUCAACUGCAACUUUUCCAAGAAUGAUGUCAUGCUCAGUGCAGUGGUUAUGACAUACUGGACAAACUUUGCCAAAACUGGAGAUCCAAACCAGCCUGUUCCACAGGAUACAAAGUUCAUCCACACAAAACCCAACCGCUUUGAAGAAGUAGCCUGGUCCAAAUACAAUCCUAAAGACCAGCUUUAUCUGCAUAUUGGCCUGAAACCCCGAGUUCGUGAUCACUACCGAGCAACAAAAGUUGCUUUCUGGUUGGAGCUCGUACCUCACCUUCACAACCUGAAUGAAAUAUUUCAGUAUGUUUCCACAACAACAAAAGUCCCCCCUCCUGACAUGACAUCAUUUCCUUAUGUGACACGACGUUCUCCUGGUAAAUUGUGGCCAGCCACAAAACGCCCAGCAAUGACACCUGCCAACAACCCCAAACAUUCGAAAGACACCCAUAAAACAGCUCCAGAGGAUACGACAGUUCUGAUAGAAAACAAACGAGAUUAUUCCACGGAGCUGAGCGUCACCAUUGCUGUGGGGGCAUCCUUGCUUUUCCUUAAUAUUUUAGCUUUUGCUGCGUUGUAUUACAAGAAGGACAAGCGGCGCCACGAGACUCACAGGCGCCCCAGCCCCCAGAGGAACACAACCAAUGAUAUUGCACACAUACAAAAUGAAGAGAUUAUGUCGUUGCAGAUGAAACAGCUGGAACAUGACCAUGAGUGUGAAUCGCUGCAGGCCCAUGACACACUGAGAUUAACCUGUCCUCCUGACUACACGCUUACUUUGAGAAGGUCCCCAGAUGACAUCCCACUAAUGACACCCAACACCAUAACCAUGAUUCCAAAUACAUUAACAGGAAUGCAGCCUUUGCAUACUUUCAACACCUUCAGUGGAGGACAAAACAGUACAAAUUUGCCCCAUGGACAUUCGACCACCAGGGUAUAGCUCAGCCCUUCCCCCUCAACCCUCACAAGCCACUUGGAAGAAAGAAAAAACAAAAACAAACAAACAAAAAUUUAAAAAGAAAAAAAAAAAGAAAAAAAAGAAGAGGAAAAAGUUAUGAUAUGAUCCAUUGAACACCUUGUCAAAAUCUAACGUAAAAAGUAAAAGAGAAGGACAGUCAUUAUUUUCUUACUGAUCCUUUCCACAGAAACUUGCUGAUGUUAAAGAUCGACUACAAACCCUGUGAAAUGUGAAAAGUGUACAUUGCUGUUACGAUACUGCUUUAAGAUAUCAGCCACUUUGAUUGAAAGUUGAGGCCAGGAGUCGUCACUUAAAAUGGUGUUUUGAGUGUAACAAGAAAAGCAGAGUCUUCUGGAACACAGAGCCAGUGACUGUACAGGUGUUUUGUUUUGUUUUUUUAAUAAAUAAAAUAAUUAAAAAAUUCUUUAUGUGCCAUACCAUGAAUGGCCCUUGUUAAAACAAAGACAUCACCACGGGCUUUUACCCAGCAUACGAAGCUGUAAUCCAGAUGGGGGAAAUAGAAUUUUAUUAUUAAAAACAAAAAUGAAAAAAAAAAAAAAAAGAGGAGGACUGACUAUGCAGUAAAACACGUAUAGUUCUGUGCAAAGAGAUGACUUGCCAGCCUGAACUAUAUUUAAAGAAACUUUGUAAAAAUGUACAUAGCUGUGAGUUUAAAAACAAACAAACAAAAGAAAAAAAGAAGCUUUUAUUGAUGUUUUCAGUUUGAAAAGAGCUUUUAGAAAGAUUGUGCAUUCGGUUGUGACCUAUGUGUAUAUACAUUAGUCAUAUCACCUCUGUUUCCUCCAAGCUCAAAGGAGGAAUUUCUUCUUAAUUACUAGUGGUAAGCAAAAAAACAUGCGUUUUUUCUAACAUGUUUCAUUUAUAUGAGGCCAUGGUGUUAUGCAGAGGAUACAGUUGUCUGUGUGACCUGCAUAUUUUCUCUUCCAGGUUACACUAGUGCAUGUUAAAGUAUUCAUAGGAGAUUGUUGUUCUUUUCUGAAACUUUUCUUUUCUAUAAUUUAAUUUUGUGUUAGCCUUUGUUAAAUUGCAACACAGCAAUGGAUUGGAAAAUAGAGAAAAAAUACACAAAAGAGAAUAAUUACUGUUUUAAGCUUGUUGAACUGAAUCAAGAAACAUCCAAUAAUGCAUAUUCAGAGUCCAGUUUGUAGUACUUGGUUAUUGUGAUACAUUAGGAAGAGUUUUGUGCCCUGACAAAAGCAAACAAAGCCUGUGUUUUGAUCAGCCUUAUUUGGGGAAAACUAGCUCCAUAUUCACCAGCAGCUACAGUGGAAUCUCAGCUCAGCUACAGCAGAAUCUCAGCUAAGAAAGCACCUUCUUGGCUUUGCUAAACAAAAUAAAACUGCAGUUUGAAAGUGGGGAAAAGGUGGUUUGAUUGGCUGGCUGUUUUGUAAAGUAUUCAGAAAUGGUUGGUGUGUGAAGAAUUUCUCUGCCUAGUAUCCUGUUUUAUGCUUGAGUGUACCCAUCAGAAAACACUUCUUUUUGCUGGUUACACAGCAGUCCCAUAGCCAGUAAACAUUAUGGAGAGAGAAGCAGAAAUGUCAUCAGCCAUUCUGCAUCUGAAUAAAACCACAAAUCCCAGAGAGCACCACUCUCAGGAAGGGCAAAAUCCUUAACUAGUUAUUCCCUUCUGCCCCUCCUUUGCUAGGAAACCAGGGGUCAAGCAGAGCUAUCGAACAGAGGGACUUAGCAGUUUGAUUCAAACGAUUGAUUUGAGUGUGAAAAGCUAGAAAUAAAUUAUCACAGAUGAAGAUUGCUUUAUAUUUUAUCUUCGAAAGUUACUCCAUCAUCAAGAGACAGUAACCAAAGAUAUUUGAACAAAUUGGUCUGCACUUGAACAUGAUCAUCCCAGAUGUAUUUUCUGUUAUUAAUUCACAACUGAGCUGCAUCAGUAUCGUAUAUCCCAUAAGUAUCUAACACAAGAUGCCUUGUACAUCAUCUUGUUUUUUAUGCUUUUUGUUUUGUAACAACAUGUCCUGGAUUAGUCACCCUGACAAAAUCAAAGAGAGGGUGAUUCACUGAGAUCUAUUCAUCUGCACAACUCCUUGUUGUAGCAGGCGGUAAAACAGAUUCCAAAGGAAAUACAUGUGCUAUAAACCUGACCUGGAUGCUCAGGCUGGAAAGUGAUGAUGCAACAACCCCAAAAUAGAACUAGUAGCAAAUGGAAAACUAUCUUUUUGGUUUAGUUUGCUUUUUUACUGAUCCAUCACAUAAUGUUAUUAAUGCUGACUGUAUACCAGGCCAUUUCCACCACCUAUGUAAUGCCUCAGCUGAGAUGCAGCAGUUCAUAACUCUUAAAAAAAAAAAAAAAAAAAAAGGUAAAAAAGAAAAAAGUAAAAAAAGGUAAUGAUGCUUAGCAUCAUAAUCAGUUGGUUAUGUUUGUAAUGUGAAUUACAGUAUUUGUUUAGUACUUCCAAUUGUCUUCUGCUAGCAAUAUGUACAGUACUGUGUCAGGCUUGUGACAUUUGGUAAAAAAAAGUUCCUGUAAGUGAAUGAUUUUAGCUUUUAAAAGUAAUUACAAUCAAGUUGAUUUAAUAAUUUAAUACAUCUGGACUGAUGUAUGAUUUAUAGAGGGAAGAGAUUUAUAGGAUCUUCAUAGAAUUCUAUAACAAUGAUAUCAAAAUAUACUUUGCAAACUGUAAAAGAAGAACAAAAGUACUUUCCCAGGCUUAUAUUCUUGACCUUAAAAGGCACGCAGGGUUUAAUGGUUUCUUCUGUUAUUGUUUUGCAAUCUUUUGGUUUUUGCCUUAAGUAAUGAUAGAAGAUAUAUAUGGCUGGACACAUAUGUAUAAACUUUUCAGCAGCAUUUUUAAUAAUAAAAUAUCACAGUAUUUUCUAA